UCGAAGCGGUGUGGGCGUCUCUGCACGCCCUGCUCGCUCCCAGGGCAUGAUAGCCCGGGAGGUGUGGAAACUGUCUGCCUCGCGGGCGCCCGCAGAUGAAAAAAGGCUGGGGAUGGCCUGGUUCCUCCCACUUUUCGGGGAUCCUAGGCCAGUUCGCCCGCACAGUCCUCGGGAACUUGUUAACAGGAAAGCUUGGCAGAGGAACAAAUGCCAACGGUUUGGAAGGAUUGAGAGUCACGUCGUUAAGCGCUGAGGCUUUAUUUUCCUUCCCCGCCCCCUGCCCAACCUCGGCCCGAGUUGGCCAAAGAAGGAUGUGUCACCAGCUAAGGGCUGCGGGCGGGGUCCCUGGCCCGGAGCAGGAGUACCUGAGACAAAGGUUUCCCUGUCACUCACCGAAAAAUGGAUCGUUUAAACCUUUGGAGGACUCAAUUAUCACAAUACUUCUAUUCUAUCGACUAAGAUUUAUGGCAGUAAAUUUAUGACAAUAAAUUUCUGCAUUAUAGAACUGAAUAACUAGAAGAGGAUAUUCUUUCAUAAAAAUAAUAGGAUGCUACUAAAUAAUUGAUAUUAUACCUUAAAUUAUUAAACUUGCUAAUACAAAUACACAUGUGCAACAGCUACUGUAUCCUGACAGUUGCCCAACCUCAAAUGUAUAUGAUUUCCUUUGUGGGAGAAGUGAUUAUAUUUGCAAGAAACCUCUGAACAUUGUCAACAAAUAUAUUUUCAGCUGAGUGUCUAUUAGGAGAAUUUACUUGAAACUGAAAUUCUAGAAAAUUCCACGUCCCACCACUAAGUGGAUUUGAUAUUAUGGCAGCAACUUACAGACUUGUGGUUAGUACUGUGAACCACUACAACAGUGUGGUGAUAGACCGCCGUUUUGAGCAAGCCAUACAUUAUUGCACUGGAACCUGCCACACCUUCACGCAUGGAGUUGACUGCAUUGUGGUGCAUCAUAGCGUUUGUGCAGACCUCUUGCACAUCCCUGUGUCUCAGUUCAAAGGUGCAGAUCUGGACUCUGUGUUUCUACCCCAUGAAAAUGGGCUUUCCAUAGCUGAAGGUGACUAUCCCCAUCAGGCCCUCACAGGUGUACCCAGGGUCAAGAAAGGCUCUACAAUUCAGAACACUUGUAACUUAAAGGACAUUGCAGGAGAAGCAAUCAGUUUUGCCAGUGGGAAAAUAAAAGAAUUUUCCCUUGAAAAACUUAAAAACUCCAACCAUGUAGCUUAUAAAAAGGGAAGGAAAGUUAAGUCUGACUCAUUUAAUAGGAGGUCAUUUGAUUUCGACUUGCUCUGUGGCCAUUAUAAUAAUGAUGGAAACCCCGCAUCCUUUGGUUUACUCCGGAGUUCCUCGGUGGAGGAAAAAUCUUUGUCUCAUAGAAACUCACUUGAUAUGAACCUGACUUCCAUGCUUCUUCAAAACGUCUCUGAAGAAAACCUGGUUACUCAGAUUUUGGAAAAACAUAAAAUAGAUAACUUUUCUUCUGGGACAGACAUUAAGAUGUGCUUGGAUAUCUUGCUGAAAUGCUCUGAGGAUUUAAAAAAAUGCACAGACAUCAUAAAACAAUGCAUAAAGAAAAAGUCAGGGAGUAACAUCAAUGAAGGAAGUGGUCAUGAUGCAAUUUCUAGCCCUGAAACUGUCUAUAUGAAUGUAAUGACCAGGUUAGCGUCCUACCUGAAAAAGUUACCAUUUGAAUUUGUGCAGUCUGGGCAUAAUGAAACUAUAGAUUUAACAGAACUGGUUGGUAACAUGCCUAGUUUACAGCUGACUCCUUUCUCCCCAAUAUUUGGCACUGAACAGCCCCCUAAAUAUGAAGAUGUUGUCCAGCUCUCAGCCCCUGACUCUGGACAGCUUCAUACUAUUGAAUUGCAAGAUGACAAACACAAUUCUAGGAAAACAGACGCUGUAAAAUCUAUUCCAAAUAACUCCACAGAUUCUUUAUAUAACUUAGAGGUAAAUGAGCGCAGAACUCUAAAAGCCAGCCAGCUUCAAUCACAGCUGUUAACCAUGAAUCCUUUGGAAAAUAUUUCUUCAAGUAACUUAAUGGAAUCUCUUUAUAUUGAAGAAGAGUCAGAUGCAAAGAAAGCAUCAGAUAAAGGACAAAGGACAGAGAAUGGUCCUGGUCAGGAAUUAAAGACCAAUCAAGAUAAAGUAGAAUUUUCAGACCAUGGAACUCAUGCUAAAAAGUGUCCAGCCACAAUGCAAAAUGAAAUUGGUAAGAUAUUUGAGAAACCACUUGUUACUCUUCCUGAGGAAGACCCGAAAUCAAAAGUUCUUAAAGUUGAAGAGGGAGACCACAGAGAUUUUAUGAACCCUAAUAGUCAGGAAGAGAUAGAUAAAUUGUUAAUGGAUUUGGAAUCUUUUUCACAAAAAAUGGAGACCUCUCUAAUGGAGCCACUUGCCAAGGGUAAAAACUCUAACUCUCUAAAUAGUCAUAGUCAGUUGACUGGUCAGAUCCCUGUAGAUCUUGGCCCGAAAUCUAACGUUUCUUCACCUUCAGAAAAAGUUUCACCUUCCUGUCUAACAAAGAUCAUUGAAACCAAUGGACACAAAAUAGAGGAAGAAGAUAGAGCCCUCUUAUUGCGAAUUCUAGAAAGCAUUGAAGACUUUGCUCAAGAACUAGUUGAACGCAAAUCAGGCAGAGGGAGCCUAUCACAAGAAAAAGCAAUGAUGCAAAUUCUACAGGAAACGUUGACAGCCUCCUCCCAGGCCAGUUUAUCAGUCUGUAGAAGUCCUGUUGAUGAGAAAACCAAAGAUACUACUUCAGUGGUUUUGAUUCAGCAGACCCCAGAGGUGAUCAAGAUUCAAAAUAAACCUGAAAAGAAACCUGGAACACCACUUCCACCUCCAGCCACCUUUUCAAGUAGUCCCCGACCUCUGUCCCCUGUUCCUCAUGUGAAUAAUGUUGUGAAUGCACCAUUGUCCAUAAACAUUCCACGGUUCUACUUUCCCGAAGGACUCCCAGAUACCUGCAGUAACCAUGAACAGACUCUGAGCAGAAUUGAAACUGCUUUUAUGGAUAUUGAAGAUCAGAAAGCAGACAUGUAUGAAAUGGGGAAAAUUGCAAAGGUCUGUGGCUGUCCUCUCUAUUGGAAAGCCCCCAUGUUCAGGGCUUCAGGGGGAGAGAAGACAGGAUUUGUGUCAGCACAGUCAUUCAUUGCCAUGUGGAGAACGUUGCUGAAUAACCAUCAUGAUGAUGCCUCUAAGUUCAUCUAUCUUUUAGCAAAGCCCAGCUGCAACUCUCUAGAACAGGAGGAUUUCAUCCCUUUACUUCAGGAUGUGGUGGAUACACACCCUGGCCUCACAUUCUUGAAAGAUGCUCCAGAAUUCCACUCCCGCUACAUUACCACGGUGAUUCAACGAAUAUUCUACACAGUCAACAGAUCUUGGAGUGGAAAGAUCACUUCGACAGAGAUUAGAAAAAGCAACUUUCUCCAAACUCUGGCCCUUUUGGAAGAAGAAGAAGAUAUAAACCAAAUCACAGAUUACUUCUCCUAUGAACAUUUCUAUGUUAUUUAUUGUAAAUUCUGGGAGCUAGAUAGUGAUCAUGACCUCUAUAUCAGCCAGACCGAUCUAUCUCGAUACAAUGACCAGGCUUCAUCCAACAGGAUAAUUGAAAGAAUAUUCUCUGGAGCAGUAACAAGAGGAAAAACAGUACAAAAAGAGGGAAGAAUGAGCUAUGCCGAUUUUGUCUGGUUUUUGAUCUCAGAGGAAGACAAAAGGAACCCCACCAGCGUCGAGUAUUGGUUCCGCUGCAUGGAUGUGGACGGGGAUGGUGUACUUUCCAUGUACGAGCUGGAGUACUUUUAUGAGGAGCAGUGUGAACGGAUGGAAGCCAUGGGCAUCGAGCCCUUGCCAUUCCAUGAUUUGCUAUGCCAGAUGCUUGACCUAGUGAAGCCAGCCAGUGACGGCAAAAUAACUUUACGAGAUCUAAAGAAAUGCAGAAUGGCUCACAUCUUUUAUGACACUUUCUUCAAUCUGGAAAAAUACUUAGACCAUGAACAGAGAGAUCCUUUUGCGGUCCAGAAGGAUGUCGAGAAUGAUGGGCCUGAGCCCUCCGACUGGGACAGGUUUGCUGCUGAAGAGUACGAGACACUUGUUGCAGAGGAGUCUGCCCAAGCGCAGUUCCAGGAAGGCUCCUUUGAAGAUUAUGAAACAGAUGAACCUGCCACUCCCUCUGAAUUUGAAAACAAAGGCAGUAACAUAGUAACCUCAAGCCUUACAGAGAAAAGUGGAAAGCUUCAGUCAGUGGAUGAAGAAUAGCUGCCAAUGUCUACAUGAAAGGGAGCCGUGUAUCUUAAAUGUUUUUUUGUUGUGAAGAGAUGCUCUAGUUUGUUUACUGCUUUUAAAGGCUUUGAUUUCUACAAGUGUUAUCUAGGAACCUUAAAAUGGUUUUAAGCAAUAGGGCUGGGUACACACUCAACUUAGGAAACUCCUCCAGUUUGCCUCAAAUCUCUUGCAGAACUUUUCCUCAAAAGUGAAUAUAACCAUGAACAUCACCUUCCAAAGUCUGCAAAUCAGCACUCUACAGCGCUGAAUGAACCAGAGAUCCCUUGGGGACGGUGCCAAGCACAGUUCUCUGCACAGAAGCAGAAGACGCUUCACUACUGGCCAGCAUCGCUGAGGCUUCUCAGGGCUCCUACGGAUCCUAGAAGAAACCUUCACUUGCAGAAAACUGUCAAAAAAUUCUAGAACUUGAAAAAGCAGUAAGGGCCUCCAGAAUUGAACCCGGUAAAAAAAGUACUGCCAAAACAUCUCAGAGACUUCUUUUAGUUAUAAUGUGUACUGGAGUUCAAAUAUCUUGAACUUACCUGGUUUAAUGUAAUUUCACAACAACCUGCCAAAUUCUAGUCACUUUACAGCCUCAGGUAUUGAAACCACUGGGUCUUCCAACCUUGCUGGCAGGCUCUGAACAAUCCCUCCUCAUCCUGACUCUGGAUCUUGUAUAAAAUCCCAAGAAAAAGCUUUUUAAAUGAAAAGUAUAGAAUUUAACUCAUAUUUGGGGAAAAAAGCCCUUUUAACUUAUCUAACAUUAGUAAACUAUUGAAUGAUUUAAUUUCCAAAUUAUUUACUGCCCCAUCUGCUAUUCCUUUCAGAAGACCUACUUGAAAACUUAAAGGAAUGAUAUAUGAAAACUCUUAACUACACUAAACAUAAUCCUUUCUUCACUGAAUAAUAGACUAGGCCUACCGUAAAGGCCUCAAUCUGAACAUUACUCACUACUUAAUGUUGAAAAGAAAGUAUUCCAGAUAUUCUAUCCAUUUCAAUAUCAACCACAGAAAUGGAAGAAAAACAGUGAAUCCACCCAUAAAACAAAGUAUCUCAUGUUUAGCGUAAUGGAGAUCUGUUCAAUACAGAAGUCUACAUUUUUCAGCAGGCCACACUACAGUCAAAUCCUACAAUAAUAUCCUUGAUAAUGAAAUUGAAAAGAAACUAUUAAAAAGGAUGGAGAUUUCUGAUUAUUUAAGUAAAAGAAACCCCCAAGCAACUUUUUAACAGUCAUCUCUGUCAUCGACUUUUCCCCUGGUUGUUUUUGUCAAAAAAAUACAAGCCCUAAUAGUGUCUGUCCCUUCCCACCCCACCUGUGGAUCCUUUGCUGGUAUGAAUAGUAAGCAUUGGAGUAACUAAAACAAUCAAACGUUGGACUAUGUUAAGGCAAAAAGUAAAGGAAAAAUUUUUAUGUGCACCAUCAACUAGUAUUAGCAAUCCUAAGCAAUCCCUCCUGUCACAAGAUCCUCCUUGUUUCCUAUAACUUUGCUUCCAUGAUUAGAACUGAUUUUAAAUGAAUCUUACAGAAAGUGAUAACUAUGAAAACAGUUGAUACAAAAGAAUGAAAACUUAAAAGGGACUAAAUUUUUAGAAAGCACUACAUGCAAUAACCUAGAAACACUGAUAAAUUAGUAGGAUUAAAGUUAUUUAUGUGGUACCUGAAGUUAACCAUCCAAUCCAUCCCAGGCUUUACCAGGGAAGGAAAGCAACUAUUUUUAAAAUUUCAGAUAAAAAUACAAAAAAAGGACAUACUUUUUUUUUAAAGUCAAAUAUACUUUACAGGGCUGAAGAUUUUUUUAUUCAUAAUGACAAAGUAUUUCUCAGUAUCAGCAACAAGUAAAAAUAAAAUUCAAUUUUCCAAUAUACCUUUUUUUUUUUCCAUUUUUCUAUUUGGCUUUAAUUUUUUACCUUGUUUCUCCUUACUAAAGUUCUUUUGCUUUCAUUUUGAUCCAUAUUUAGUUUUAAAAGUCUAUAAUUAUACAGUUCUACUUAAGGCUAUUUUUAUAUACAUUUAAGUUACCCAAAGUAUCACAAAGUGUUUCAUUGCACUCCUUUCUUAAAACUGAAUGCAAGAAUUGUGAAUUCUGAGGAACGAGGGUAUUGCAUUUUCUGAGUUUUUAGAAAAGAGCAAGCUGAAUAAAAUCAUUACUGCCAAACUGGAAAUUUCAAGCUGUUACACUCCCAGGUUCCUUAAUAAAAUAUACAUUGAAGAUUAUCAUGAUUUUAAUGCUAUUUAAAAAAAAAAUGAAUUUCAUAGCAUAAGACUAAUUGCCAAGAUAAUCAAACUAAUGAAAUAAAAUUCUGUGUAUUUUCCCUGCAUCUUUUCUGUGUCACCAUGUACUGUUCAAAGUGUUUAUAAAACUGUGGAUUGAUCAAAUGAGAAGUCACUUGCUCAGUUUCUGGAAAUGUUAAGGUGUGUUUGGGUGGAGAAGACUGCAUGACUUAACUUUUGUUUUCCCCUUUUUGCAAAACUAAAUAAAGACACGUUGUCAAACACGAA